ACAUCCUCUAAAUAACAAAAUUAUUCUGAUUUAAAUGUAUUGUGGUGAUUAGACAGCAUGUCCGAGUCUGAUAAGAGCUGUAAGAAAAUGUCUGAUAAUGUUAAAAGAUCUCUUUUUGACAAAUUAAUUCUGCUGGAAACCGCCAGAAACUUACUGAAUCAGGAACUGAAUCAUUUCACUGGGAAGACAGCAGAGGAGAUUGAGGUGUUUCUGAAUUCACCCUGUACCAGUCACACUCAGGAUGGAGUGAACCUGCUGAAGACCUUAGAUUCUAAAUUAUAUGUAAUUCAGAAACUGUUGGCUGUGUUUAAGAGUCUCAAAUCAGAUCCACAGACUGUGAACCUGCAUCUUAUGCAUACAAUCAGCAGAUCACCUCAGCACGGGUUCCUGUUUAAUCACUUGACGAGUAAUCAGACUGGAGUGUUUGUUCCACAAGUUCGCAAGUUUGGGUUGUUGCUGCAAACUGGGAUUCAGACAAGCUCGAUUACCCGGGCUAUGCAGAUUUUCGGAGCCACACUGACUUUCAACUAUUUAACUUCAUCAAUUCAGUCAGAGCAGGAACCACCUUGUAAACUGUCGUUUGAUUACAGCACAGAGACGAAAGUCAUGAAGGAUAAAGAGUUGAAUGUGAGUGAAAAUGUAAAGAACAUUGCUGCAGAAACUGAGAUAAAUUUAGAAAAACCUUUUCUUCUUAACCAAAUGUAUCCAGACUUUGUUCAGAAUGUGGCCUCACCAGCAUUUACUCAGCAGUUUGGGAACGAUCCUGAAGUUCAGUACCAGAAGCAGACCUCCUCUCAGCUAGUAUGUUUCCUGAAGAUGAACAGGAAGAUGGAAGCAUCCGAGGUCAGUUUAUCUGGCGCGGUAGAAGAACCAUCUGUGUUAAUGCAGCAGGUGAAAAGCAGAUCUGCACCAGUUCAGGAUCAAAAAUCCAUAUCUAGGCACAUUACCUCCAAAAAGCACCUAAACUCUGGGAUGAAUGUUUCAGGACCUGUGUUCAAAGUAAAAAGCAGCACUGAUCGCUCUCUGACCUACAGCUGUAUGAUCGCUACUCACUCUGAGCUCUGGGACAUUGGAAAUGUUUCUACGGACAUGUUGAACCGUCAGCAGGACAAAAUGAUUGAUUUUACUGACCUCAGUGGUGUUCUUGAGCCGUUCAGUCCAAGCUGCUGUUCCAGCAGUGAUUCAUUCAAUUCUGAACAGAUAGAGAACAUGUGUGGACUGAUGGACAGCUCGGUGGACGGACAAAAGGUCGUAGUUAGAAUUCCGGAAUUUCAGAUUAAGAAGUUUGAGGAGAUGCCCGUUGUCGUGACCCAUGUGAUCAGUCCGAGCCAGUUCUACAUUCAUCAUGAAGAUGCCAACCUACAGGAACUGUCUGAUAUCAUGGCGAAUAAAAACUUAAAGUCGUAUGCUGAAAGGAACUGCAUCCCCGAUAUCGGGGGGUAUGUCAUGGGUUUGUUCUCUGAACCGGAGUGGUGGUGCCGGGCUCAGGUGUUGAAGAUCUGUGGCAUGAACAAUGGCAGUCAUGGAAUGUGCCGCGGGGAUUUAGGAAUAAUGAACAUUGAGGUGGAGAUCAGGAGAAUUGAUUAUGGAGAUACAGCUUGUCUCUCACUAUGGAACGUUAAGGAACUCUGUGAAGAAGCUGCUGAAGUUCCAGCUCAGGCUCUGCAGGUUUCUUUAGCCGAGGUAAACCCAGUGAAUGGUGAGAGCUGGAGCGAUGAGGCCAUCAGUUGGUUUAAAGAUAAAGUGAAGAACAGGACUCUGUACGCACGGCUCUAUCCACAGACGAACAUCAUGAUGGUGGGACUGUUCAUGGAGAAAGGAAAGAUUGGAGCAAUGAGGCGAGGAGCUUCUCUUUCUGUGAGGUUGGCACAGAACGGUCAUGCCAGACACGAUCAAAUGAAAAACCUGCAGCUGAAGAGAAGUUCUGCACAGGAACGAUCCAGGAAACAAUUUCUGGAGUGGGAGAAAUAUCUCAUAUCCUACCUGGAAUCAAAAAUGAACUGGGCGUCUUUUUACGCCGUAAUCAGCGGUGUAAAUAGACACUCGACGGGCAUCGGGCGGAUUUGGCUCUCUGUGAUCUUCAUCUUUCGUAUCCUGGUUCUGGUGGUGGCAGCUGAAAGCGUUUGGGGUGACGAGAAGUCCGGAUUCACCUGUAACACCCAGCAGCCCGGGUGCAACAGCGUCUGCUAUGACCAGUACUUCCCCAUCUCUCAUAUUCGCCUGUGGGCAUUGCAGGUGAUCCUGGUGUCCACGCCCGCCUUACUGGUGGCCAUGCAUGUUGCCCACCGGCGGCACAUCGACAAAAAGAUCCUCAAACUUUCGGGACGUAACAGCGCCAAAGACAUAGAGCAGAUUAAGAGCCAGAAGUUUAAGAUCACAGGGGCUCUCUGGUGGACCUACAUGAUUAGUAUUAUUUUUCGCAUUGUGUUGGAGGUGGUCUUUCUCUACAUUUUUUACCUCAUCUACCCUGAUUUUAAAAUGGUGCGACUGGUAAAGUGUGAUUCGUACCCCUGUCCCAACACGGUGGACUGUUUUGUCUCUCGGCCGACAGAGAAAACCAUCUUCACCGUCUUCAUGCUGGCCGUGUCGGGUGUCUGCGUGCUGCUGAACAUCGCUGAGGUGCUGUACCUGGUAGGUCGGGCGUGUAAACGCUACUUUCAGAAACCGGAAGGGGAAGCGAAGGGGCCUUGGAUCACCCAAAUGCUGCCACCCUACAAGCAGAAUGAGAUCAAUCAGCUCAUAUCAGAGCACUCGUUCAAACCCAGACUAAAUUUGGGCAGAAGGAGUCCGACUGAAAAAGCAGAGAGGUGUUCGGCCUUUUAGAUUUAUUACAGUGUUACUAAUCAGUAACAAAGUCAAGCUUUUGUAAUCAACGUCCUCAUAUUUAUUUAUUUAUUAUCUUUAUUUCAGUUAUACCUUUAAUUGUGCUUUUUUAAUGAUUGCACUUUGUACAAAGUUCUUCAGCAGCAGGGUCUGUGAGAAAACCUUUCUGUUGAUUAAAUAUGUAUUAAAUUAUAUCACCCACCAGGACCUGCAGAGUUUUAGAUUUUCUCCUUACAAGUAAUUAACAUUUAAAUAAUAUUUCUGUAUAUUUAUUGGGAGUGGUUAAAUGUUGAUAACGAAAGUAAUUUAGCUCGUCUUUAUUUAAUGAUAAUGUAUUUUGUGUUACAAAUUCAAAAUAAUUUUGUAAACAUUAAGGUAAAGGUGAUAUGUGCCUUAAGUUUUUCAUUAAUUUGCAGACACACACUUAGUGCAAUUUUUUGUAGCUCCAGUUGGCCUGACUGAAUGUCUUUGGACAGAGGGAGAACAUGCAAACUCCACCCAGAAUAGACCCUGGCUGCAACAGCGCUACCCACUGUGCCAUCGUGCCAUCCGCUUUAAGUUAUUGUAAAUAUAAAAAUGAUGUAUGGUAAAAUAAAACAAACUCCAGCUUUAAAUAUGUACAUAAUUAUACUACAGUGUUACUGAAUAAAUUAAUCACCUUUUUAAUUUUGUUCCAGAUCACUGAUUUAUUCAUUAAUAAAGUAUGUACAGCCUGUGA